GCGGACAUGGCCAUCGCGCCGCUCACCAUCACGUCGGAGAGGGAGCGCGUCGUGGACUUCAGCAAGCCUUUCCUCUCGCUCGGCAUCUCCAUCAUGCUCAAGAAGCCCGUCAAGCAGAAGCCCGGCGUCCUCACGUUCCUCUCGCCGCUCUCCAAGGAGAUCUGGGUGUGCGUCGUCUUCUCCUACAUCGGCGUCAGCAUUGUGCUCUUCAUCGUGUCGAGGUUCUCCCCCUACGAGUGGCGGCUGCUGCAGUGGGGCGACGAGCCCGCCGCGCACCGCGGCCCGGGCCCCGCGCCGGCGCCCGUCGUGGCCAACGACUUCAGCAUCCUCAACUCGCUGUGGUUCGCGCUGGGCGCCUUCAUGCAGCAGGGCAGCGACAUCUCGCCGCGCUCCAUCUCGGGCCGCAUCGUCGGCUCCGUCUGGUGGUUCUUCACGCUCAUCCUCAUCUCGUCGUACACGGCCAACCUGGCGGCCUUCCUCACCGUGGAGCGCAUGGUCACGCCCAUCAACACGGCCGAGGACCUGGCCGCGCAGACGGACGUGCAGUACGGCACCCUCAUCAACGGCUCGACCUACGACUUCUUCGAGCGGUCGCAGAUGACGGUGUACAGGAGGAUGUGGGAGUUCAUGGACUCGCACAAGCACGUGUUCGUCAACUCGUACGAGGAGGGCAUCCACCGGGUGCGGCGCUCGCGAGGCAAGUACGCCCUGCUGCUCGAGUCGCCCAAGAACGAGUACACCAACGAGCGCGAGCCGUGCGACACGAUCAAGGUGGGGCCGAACCUGGACAACAAGGGCUUCGGCAUCGGCACCCCGCCCAAGUCGGCCAUCCGCGAGCAGAUCAACCUGUGCGUCCUGGAGCUCGGCGAGAACGGCGAGCUGACGAGGCUGCAGAACAAGUGGUGGUACGACCGGACAGAGUGCAGGCACCUCGACAAGCAGGACCACACCAACGAGUUGUCGCUGAGCAACAUCGCCGGUGUGUUCUACAUCCUGAUCGGCGGGCUUAUAGUGGCGCUGGCCGUCGCACUCAUAGAAUUCUUUUACAAGUCGCACUCAGAGGCGACCAGAGCGAAAAUUCCGCUCUCAGAUGCCAUGAAGGCGAAAGCAAGACUAACUAUGACGGGACCCAGGGACUUCGACAACGGGCGGGUGAGUAUGUACUACAGCCCGGCGGGCCAAAUGUCCGUGCCGGACGCGGACCAGGUGCACAGCAACACGCACACGCAGGUCUGAUGGUGGCCGGAGGGCGUCCACCACUCGCGUCGCGGCAUCAUCUCUGGCCGGCUCGACGUGGACGACUCCUCGUAGCGUGUCGUCGACGCCAACCCGAUACUCCUGACGCCGUCCCCGACGCCGUGCCGAGGACGCCUCUGCCUGUGCGGCUCGGGUGUGAAGCGUCCUCCGCCGUCGCCCCCCCCCCCCCCCCCCCCCCCCCCCCCCCCCCAGGGGCUCCGGCCCACGACGCAGUGGCUGUUCUUGGACGUCUCCUGCAAACCCUGGCCGUCAUGUUCCCGCGUUCUGCGCCCGUCCAGAGACAACAUUAACCUAGCAAAAUUAAUAAAUUUUAUAUAUAUAUUUAUUUCCGUUGGUUUGGCGACCCUCCCCCUCCCCGGCCACUCGUUGGCGUGGACUGGACGAGCUUCGCGUGUGUCAAGAGUGCUGCCUGUCUGUGUUCGCCUCUGCCGCGGCCGCCCCGGAAGCGGGUAGCGGGUGCAGCGGCGCCAACCCGAGGAGGGCCCCGGGCUCUCCUUUCCCGCGACGAAGGACCGAUAAAUUUAGUCCGGGAAUUUUGCAAAAUGUGCCUGAAAGUGAGUGUGCGUAUGUGUGUGUGCAUGUGUGGGUGUGCGUGUACUCCCAUCCUUCAAAAUCAUGAACUUUCUCUCGAAGAGAGGGAGAGAGACUUCGAUAUUAUUUUUUACUCGUCGUAGAGCGUACUUGGGAGCUGUUUCUUUUUUUUACAAUGUGAAUGAAAUUCGUGAUAGUAAUGUAUAAUUUGUGCCACUGAAGAAAAAAUCUAUGAAACAAUUAUUUACAAAGUGACUUACGUAUUACUUGCAGACAGGGCCUAAAUUUGACUAAAGAGUGUAAGCUGCAUACAAGCUGCAUAAAUUGCUUAAACAACCAACAGCACCCAACUUUCUGUGGCAGUGUUCAUUCUGUAAACAGAUUUUGAGUUCGUACGUAUCUUUACGUUCUGCCACAGUUACACUUCCGAACAUUACCAAAAUAAGGCAGCCGACAAAUAAAAGGAAUUUUCUGACUUGGCUAUUCUUUGGAGUUUGGUCCUUUGAAAGACUGCUCAUUUGCAUAUUCUAAAUCUUAGUUUCAAUUGGAAAAAGCUGUUUGAUUGUGAUGUUUUAAAAUAUUUUGCUCUUUCCAACUGAUUGGAGUGAGUAUAUUCUCAACCUGACUGCCAUUGCCCAUAGUUCAAAAAUGUUAAAGUCAACUGUAAUUCAGCGGUUUCCCUCAGCACGUGUCUCAAAAUUGUUCAGAGUUCAGUAACAUGGUCUGUUGCAAAAUACAAUGUUCUACUUUACAUAUCAGAAAUAAUUACACCUCAGUACAUCUCAGAGGAGAAUCAACUUCUAGAUUUUGUUUGCUGAGAACACCUGCUGCAACUCUAGUUUUAAUUGAAAUGAAAAUGACAAAUUGGUGUCACUACAAAAAGAAAAUGGCUGAACCUCUAGAUAUAAAGGUUCAUGUUUACCCAGUGUUAAAGGAAUAUAACACGUGAUAGGCUGUAAAGAGGCAUGCUCAAGGUAGCAUAUAUAUAUUGAGAAGGAAAGGGAUGUAAGGUGCUGACACAACCUAAUGUGAAUACAUUAUUGUACAUAAAACAAUUUGUACAGUGGCUCAUUGCUUUAAAUCUACUGAUAAACUAAAUGU